CCCUUCCAGGCCUGCCCCAGCUGGGCAGGAAGCAGAGGACCCAGCUUGGCUGGGGGGCAGUGGGCAGGAGGCCCUGGGGUGGCCCAACCAGCCCUGGAUGCUGCCUCCCGGCUCUGUGUAGAGUACUUGCCGGCCCACACCCCUCUCUUGGGCCAAUCACAGAAAGAACAGGGCAGAAGCCAAGAGAGAAAAAGGAGGGGGCUGGGCAUAUCUGGUCAGAGGAGGGGAGGGACCCUACCAGCCUGGGGCCUGUAAGUAAUACAGAUAACAACAUCUCUACACUGGGGCCAGCAGCCCCGAUCCCUGAAGGGCUGGGUAGACUCAACAUCCCUAGAGACGAACACAUGAGCUCCAGGUCCUGUAGAAAGACAACGGGUCGGGGAGAGGCUGGGACACGCUGGGACACGCCGGGCCCAGCUUCACCAAGCCCAGUCCUGCCAAUGACAAUGGAAUAGCAUCGAAUGGUCUGGAGCCAGCCCAGCUGGAUACGAAAGGCAAGAGGAUUCACCACAGCCUCGCGGAGAACGCUGGGAUCUCCGAGCGGCCCUGUCCCCAUGGACUCUGCCCCACUGAGGCCAGCCAGCCAGCCCCACCCAGACGAGGGCCACCCGCCGCCCCUUGAGGCUGUCCCCGUCCCCUGGAAGAGCGUGGGCCCCUGCAAAAGCCACAGGACGGAGUCCCCAAGAGGCCUGGCGGAGACCCCUGGAGGGGAGGAGGCCCAAGGUGAGGAGGGCCCUGCGGCCGUCCCGCUGGAUGUGCUCCGCCUGCGAAGCUCUUCCAUGGAGAUCCGCGAGAAGGGCUCAGAGUUCCUGAAGGAGGAGCUUCACAAAGCCCAGAAGGAGCUGAAGCUGAAGGACGAGGAGUGUGAGCGGCUGUCCAGAGUGCGGGAGCAGCUGGAACGGGAGCUGGAGGAGCUGACAGCCAGCCUGUUUGAGGAAGCCCACAAGAUGGUGCGAGCAGCCAACAUGAAGCAGGCAGCGUCGGAAAAGCAGCUGAAGGAGGCGCGGGGCAAGAUCGACAUGCUGCAGGCAGAGGUGACAGCCUUGAAGACACUGGUCCUCACGUCCACACCGGCCUCUCCCAACCGCGAGCUCCACCCACAGCUGCUGAGCCCCACCAAGGCCGGGCCCCGCAAGGGCCACUUGCGCCAUAAGAGCACCAGCAGCACCCUCUGCCCCGCCGUGUGCCCCGCUGCCGGACAUACCCUCACCCCGGACAAGGAGGGCAAAGAGGUGGACACGACCCUGUUCGCAGAGUUCCAGGCCUGGAGGGAAUCCCCCACCCUGGACAAGUCCUGCCCCUUCCUUGAAAGGGUGUACCGGGAGGACGUGGGCCCCUGCCUCGACUUCACCAUGCAGGAGCUCUCGGCGCUGGUACGGGCCGCCGUGGAGGACAACACGCUCACCAUCGAGCCCGUGGCUUCGCAGACGCCGCCCACGGCGAAGGUGGCCGCGGUGGAGUGUGGCAGCACCAAUACCUGUGCCCUGAGCGGGCUGGCUCGUGCCUGUCGCCACCGAAUCCGGCUUGGGGACUCAGAGAAUCACUAUUACAUCUCACCGUCCUCCCGGGCCAGGAUCACCGCAGUGUGCAACUUCCUCACCUACAUCCGCUACAUCCAGCAAGGCCUGGUGCGGCAGGAAGCGGAGCCGAUGUUCUGGGAGAUCACGAGGCUGCGGAAGGAGAUGUCGCUGGCCAAGCUCGGCUUCUUUCCCCAGGAGGCCUAGGGCAUGGCCGGAGCCUGGAGGGGGGCUCUGAGCCACAGCCAACACCUGCCCCGGCACAGACAGACAGGAAGACAGGGUCCUGGCGCCAGCCCUGAGCCAGAAGCCGAGCAGAUGGACAGAUGGCCAGGCCAUGGAGGCCUUGCUGAGCCGGUACCAAAUCUUCAUCCCGGGAAAGACAGGACCUCAUGAGCUGACCCUUCGCCCUUCCCCAGUGGCCCUACAGCCACCAGGAGACUUUCAAGAAAGCACCAAAGACCAAGGAGCUUGGACCCACACUCAGGGGCUCAGCACCCCCUUUGCAGUCCUGGGAGCUGCUGCUUGCAGUCACCUUGUUGCUGUGAUGUCCUCAGAAAGGGCUCACACUGGGUGGCCUGACCUCCAGGGUAUCUCCCACCUCGGUUCCCAAGCCCUGGCCCACCAGCACCCCCGUGUGGCCAUCCCUCCCCCAUUCCCGUGGGGGCAGUGCAGCCACAAGGGGCUGUCAAGGACUUGCACACCAUCUGCUUGAGAACUACCCCAAACUGUUCUUAAGAUGGAUCAGGGCUCCUCCUCCCACCCUCGCACUUGACCUUCCCCCCCUCCUCCAUCUGAGCCUUGUGCUCCUGGAGGCCCUGCCCCCACCACUGGAAGGAUUAGGAUACUUUGCUCCCGAAGUAAAAUACAGACAGGGCCUCAGGACACGGUGUCUGUGUUCAGCUGUGGGUGGCCGUUCAGACAGUGGGGGCUGAGGUCGCCAAGCCCUGUACACAGGACCGGGGGAGGGUGGGCAGGACGCAGGCCCCUCCUCGCCCCUCACGGCCCACUCAGGACCGGGGUCCAACCUGGACACAUCCCUCACCGUGGCCGAUUUCCUCCUUUGAAUGGAAUGUAACACGAUCUCUAUUUAAUAAAGGAAGGCUUUGUUGGUAGAG